GUGCUCGCUCUUGCGGGUGCAAUCUUCAGAGCGGCGUGCCCCCGCGGGCCGAUGGCGAAUGGAGAUGCAGGUGGCACGCGCGGUGCGGGCCAGGGUGGCGACCCCUGGACGUGCCGCUCGUGUGCUGCUGGCUACGCCAACAUGGCCUGGCGCACGGAGUGCAGGCUCUGCAAGGCGGCGCGGCCGCCGCGCGGCGCUGGCACGAUCGGCGAGGCCAUCAACAAGGCCAAGGCGAAGGCCAAGGCCAAAGGGAAGGAGAAGGUCGUGGCGAAGCGCGUGCGCUUCGCCUCGGACGUGCCAGGGCCUGCCGCCGCCGCGGCCACGCCGGCGCCGUGGGCGCAGGGCGCGGCCAAGCGGGUGGCGGAGGAGCGGCCCAGCGGCAGCGGCGGCAAGGACGAGGAGGUUCGCCAGGCCCUCCUCCGCCACUUUGGCCCCAGGGAAGGCUGGUCGGCGGCCCUGGUCCAGGACUUCGGGGCCUUGGUGCCUGUGGUGGACGCGCCGCCGCCAGCGAAGCCCUUAGCCGAGCUGUCGCUCCAGGCCCUCCUGGCCAGGGAGGCGAAGAUCAAGGGCCAGGUCAGCCGUGCUGAGGCUGCGCUGGUGGCCGUCCAGGAGGAGCAGGCGGCCGUCGCGGUCCGCGUGGCGGAGCAGGCGGACGUCCUCCAGAAGCGGCGCGACCAGCUGGAGGAGGUGGCCGAGGCCGUGCGCGCCAGGAAGCGCGCUGACCUGGAGCAGCACAAGGGGCCGUCGCCCAUGGAGGUGGGCGAGCCUGUGGAGGCCGAGGACUGCCUGGGCAAGGUGCCGCUCAAGGGCCUCGAGGGCCUCGAGGCAGAGCGGGAGCGGGUUCUCUUGCUCGGGGAGGAGGGCGGCGCCCUGCUCGCGAUGGCCGCCGAGGCCCGCAGCCUCGUGGAGAAACUCGCCGCCGCCGACGCCCGUGCUCGUGAGGCAGCGGCGGCCGAGCGGGCCCGCGCGGCUGCAGCGGCAGCUGAGCGGGUCGCCGCGGCGCAGGAGGCCGCCCCCGCGGCUGAUGGCAGCGAUGAUGGCGCUGAUGGUCCUCCUGGGGACCGCAAGCGCGUCGGCGACCUCGACCCCGGCCCCGAGCUCGUCGGGCUCGACGCCGUGUUCGACGAGGUGGGCAUGGAGGACCCGCCCCUGGGUAGCCGCCCGCGGGCGGCGGACGUGGUGGAGCUGGUAUCGGCCAACACCACCGCGUGGGGCUCGGCGCAGUCGCUGGUCGAGUGGCUGCACGACGACGAGGGGCGGCUGCCUGCGGUGCUCUGCCUCCAAGAGCAUCGCCUCAAGGGCAAGCAGGCGAUGGCCCGCGCUGCGGGCUGGAUGCAGGCGCGCGGCUUCAGCUGGCAUGGCCAGGCAGCGCUGCCGACGGGCCCAGGGCCGCUGGAGAGCUCGGGAGGAGUGGCCGCGGCCACGCUGCGGCCGUCGGCGGCCGCCGCCGCGCCAGGGCUCCUUGCCCAUCGGUUCCAGGUGUGCGAGGUGAACCUGGGGUUCAGGGAGCCGAGCCGCGUCAUCUCGGCCUACUUCAUCACGAAGAUUGGCAGGGCGAAGGAGAACAUCGGGCUCCUGGCGGCGCUGCACGAGUACGUGAGGCAGCUGGAGUCGCCGUGGGUCGUGAUAGGUGACUGGAACAUGGAGCCCGUGGACGUCCGUGAGUGGGCGCGCAGCGCAGGCGGUGCGCUCGUGGGCCCAGAGGAGCCGGCCUGCGGCCCGAAGGUCUUCGACUUCGCGGUCGUCAGCAGGGUCCUCACGGGCUUUGUGGACGUGGCUGAGGUGCUGCUGAGGGCGCCGACGAAGGACCACGUGCCGUUCAAGGUGGUGCUCCGCGGCGUAGGGCCAGCGGCGAAGGUGCAGCGGCCGCUCUUCCUUGCCGCCUUCCCGCUGCCGCUGCCGCCGCCAGUGCGGCCAGCGCCGCUCGAGCGUGCCUGCUCGGCCUGGAGCCCUGGAGGUGGGCAGUCGCUCAAGGAGGGCUGCCAGGAGUGGUUCGAGGCGGUGGAGGCCUACCUGAUCGACCUCCACGAGGUCGCGCCGCCCAGCCGCUGGAAAGGGCGCGCGGGUGGGCUACGCACGCAGAGGGUCGAGAUGGAGGUGGCCUGGAAGCAGGACUGCAAGAGGAGCGUUGGCGCUGCCUGCAGGCGCUGGAUGUCGUUCGCGGCGGCGUGCGCCCGCUGGCGCGCGCUGCAGGAGCGCGAGGUGCUGAUGGCGUUCGAGCUCGAGUGGCCAGAGGAAGGCCCGUUGGCUGGGCUGUCGGUGGCCCGCGUGGUGGGCCUGCUCAGCUCCUCACCGUGCCAGCUGACGGUGCAGUUC